CGGGAGGUGCUCACUGGUUCGCCUGCUUGCUAACCCGUUAGCAUGGCUACAGCCUAAUCACAAAUACACUGCAGUGCAGCAGCGGAGAGGACAGGUUCGGGUCGGCUCCACUUUUCCGUCACAUUCUUCCAUUGUUUGCGCUUUUGUUUUAAUCGAGAUGGGGACGCGAGAUGACGAAUAUGACUACCUGUUUAAAGUGGUCCUGAUUGGAGACUCAGGUGUGGGGAAGAGUAACCUGCUGUCUCGUUUCACCCGUAAUGAGUUCAACCUUGAGAGCAAAAGCACUAUUGGAGUGGAGUUCGCUACACGUAGCAUUCAGGUGGAUGGAAAGACGGUGAAAGCUCAGAUCUGGGACACAGCUGGACAGGAACGCUACCGGGCCAUCACUUCAGCGUAUUACCGGGGAGCUGUUGGGGCCCUUCUAGUGUAUGACAUCGCCAAGCACCUCACCUAUGAAAAUGUUGAGCGCUGGCUAAAGGAGCUGAGAGACCACGCAGACAGCAACAUAGUCAUCAUGCUCGUGGGCAAUAAAAGCGACUUGCGUCACCUUCGGGCCGUGCCCACCGACGAAGCACGCGCAUUUGCAGAGAAAAACGGUCUGUCCUUCCUAGAGACCUCAGCUUUGGAUUCCACCAAUGUAGAGACUGCGUUUCAGACCAUCCUGACUGAAAUCUACCGGAUCGUAUCCCAAAAGCAGAUGUCUGACCGCCGAGACAAUGACAUGUCACCUAGCAACAAUGUGGUGUCCAUCCAGGUGCAACCUACUGAGAAUAAACCAAAGAUGCAGUGCUGCCAGAGCAUCUAGCGGCAGCCGUCCCGUCCCGUUCUCGUUCCGUACCCUCCCCCAACCACCCACCUGCAACACCCCCCUCCUCCUCUUCCUCCCCUCCUCUUCAAGACUGCUUUGGGUCUGAGAUGCAGCUGCACAACUAGGCUUGAGCACAGAGGCUGGUUCCAAAAGCUGGAGUCUCAAAGGGUCACCACCUGCAGUCUGGACUAAGCUUGUUUUAUUUUGUCGGUUUUUCUCCUUCCUGCCAUGGUAGGCUUUUAUAUUGCAGAAUUUUAAUAAUCAUUUGUGCCGAUCUUCACUCAAAUGUCUUAAUAUAUAAUUUCAUCCGCAAACGUGUGAGCUUCGCUCAUGUAUGUCUUCAGUAGCAGCCCCCUUGUCUCGGGUGGAGGGGAGAAACGUGCAGUAUUGGAGGUUUUGCUAUAUUUAAUGUCGUGAUUGUAGAGAGAUGAUAGAUGUUAGAUGACGAUUAGGGCCCAAAGACCACAGUCUUCACCUUUCAGCCAUCUUCCAAGUUGCAUGUACAGUCCCUUCACGCAUUUGGCACGGGAAACAUCGCAUUACAUUUUUGAUUUCACCAACAGGCCAUUGGAAGAGGCCUUAAGGCAUAUAGCUACCGCGCUGAUUCUCUUCACCAUCAUGUGCUUCGAGGUAGAAUAGUGGUUUUAGUGCCUUUUUUGAUGGAACGUCACGUACGGGCGCUUCACGCAUGUGCUAAAACCCGUGCCGAGUUGUGCGUCUAACAGACACUUUCUUUUUUUUUUGUAUUCCAGCCCUGUCUUCGUAAGGCAAAAUUCACUUUGUUAAAACAAAAAUAGCGGGAAAGAACUUUAGCAAACAGGCACAAGUUCUUUUUGAAACACUACCACAGACCUAUUCAGUAUGAAGCGAGGGAAUAGAGACUUCCUCUAAACGUAACAUUAUCUUCUCGUCACAACCUCGAACCCAUUGUACUUUUGCAGGUCACGCUCUGUCGUUAAAGUCGGAACAGGAAAAACACGCAGCGGUGAAUAGCGGCCGGCUGACGGCCCACAUCACAUGAGAGCACUCUAGGGAAUAGACUGGAUACUUUCUCUUUUUUUGUUUUUGCACUGAAUGUAAAAUAUCUCUCUCCCGUUUUGACUUACCGCCACUACAGUUAACGAUACUUAAGACUUGUAUUUAUUCUGUGGUAGUCACUUGAAUCGAGUUGUUAGCCUUUAAUCUUCGGUGGGACUCUUCAGUGUGAUAAUUUAUGAAUGUAUUAUGUGUUUUAGCCUACAAAAGCGUCGUCGUCCUGAGUCCGGCAGAUGGGGAAGCUACCACAAGCUGUGAUGCUCGUCUUUGCUUAAUGGCUGUCUAAUAAAACGUACUCAGUGUGACAUAAAAUAUCAGUAAAGACUGAACUAAUAAUGCAUGUUAUAUAACGGUCACCGCAGGUGACCUCGGAGUGGAGGAAUACUGUAGACCUCAGCAUCUUAGUCUGCAAACCCUGAAGCUGGAAAUUUCACUUUGGUUAUCGAUCCCCUUGACUUUAAUUACCCCAGCCCUAGGUGAAACAACAUAGUUUGCUGCGAUCAUUCUCAACAGUAUCGGAACACAUUCCAGGUGGAAUCGAAGGCCCUUAAAGGCUGCAAUGUAAUUAGUGAAUCAGACUGAACCGGCAUUACUGCAAAAGUGCAUGUGAGUCAUUUUACUGUUUUUAGUCUCCUAGAAACCCUAGAUCUUAUUAAGCAGCACAUUGAGGUAAUACAGUACUUAUCGCCAUCAAAAGGAAAAGACCUCGCGAUUCGGGUCUGCUUGUGUUCAUUUAGAACCCCUCUGAUUGUAUGACUGUUCUUUGGAGGCAGGGGUCUCUGGUGCUAACGGGGGCCAGUGCCAAUGAUGUGAGGGUACAGAUGGCACAACUAUGACCUGCCCAUGCACUGCACAUAGCUGGUGUGUCCUAGUAAGAUUACCCGGAUAUUACUUUUCUGACUGUCGGAUCUUUCACGUAUUGCCUCGAGAACUUCAUUUCUUUUUGUUUCUUUCGUCUGCACUGUACUGUGAUUUUUAUUUUGUAUUGUUAUGAUUAUACUAUUACUCUGUCCACUGUAAUUCCAAUUUAAAAGAGCAAAUAAAAUAUGUAGUUAAUUCAAA